UUUUGUGUUUAUAUUUACCAGAAGAACCUGACUCAACGCGGUUUUCCUAGUAGUGCUACACAUUAUAUUAUUCGUUCGGUUAAUUUAAUUAGAACUAUGGCAAACGAUGGAGAAAAUAAGUCUCCUAGCGGGAAAUGUUCUCCAGCAACAACCGAAAUUUCUACUAAAUUGAAAAUUUUAGCCUUGCACGGAUACCGACAGAAUGGAGAUAUACUUAAAUCUAAACUUGGAUCAUUCCGGAAAUUUAUCAAGAAAUACGCCGAACUGGUUUUUGUGACAGCGCCUCAUACUGCACCACCGCUGACCGAUUGCCAAUCAGAAACGGAAUCAGAUCCCAAUUCACGAAGCUGGUGGUUCAAUAAGGAUGACGGUACAUUCAAAGGAACUAACAAAAGUGGCCCAGCAAUCGGAUUCGAGGAGAGUCUCAGGUUGGUAGAAAAAACUUGGAAGGAAGAACAGUGUAGUGGACUUCUAGGAUUCUCCCAAGGUGCUUGUUUUGUGGGAUUAUUAUGCGAUUUGAGUGCACGAGGAAUGACAUCUAUUAAACCGGAGUUUGCAGUGCUAUGUUCUGGUUUUCGCUCCGGCAGUUUAGUACAUUUAAAUUUCUAUGAAAAUAAGGUCCAGAUACCUUCACUACACAUAUUCGGAGAAAAUGACGACAUUAUACCAAGGGAGAUGAGUUUGUCACUGGCCGAAACGUUUGUAGACCCGCAAAUGCUAGUUCAUCCUGGAGGACACUUUUUUCCCGCGCAGGCAAUUCAGAAGCAAACCUACGUAGAGUUCUUCCGCGAACGUUUGCAGUAUCACCUGGAGGCUAAAGAAAUCGAAAACGCUACUGUCGAAAACAGUUUGAUGCUGGAGGAAUCAAAUAUUGCGCAGGCAGUUUGCAACGAAGAUGAUGAUUCGGAUUAGAUCUAAUUGGCUGAUUCCCCCAAUCAAACAAUAAUCUUUAUUGAAUUCUGAAAUUGAUUUGAUUAAAAAUGUAAAAAUAAAAAUAAUCAAAACGUCUAACAGUUGAAAAA